CUUUCUAAUUCUGGCUUAUAUUUCUUACGUCACACUCUGUCGAACUUUCAGCUUUCUGCGCAGCGUAGUUAAUUUAUGCGGGUUUACUUUUCUCGAUCGGAAGAAUCACACGCGGUUAAAUAUUUUUAAUCGGGCGGUGACCCGCGUCACUGUUAGUGACAAUACUUCUAAAAGUUCGUGUGACGGAUUGUAAUUUUGAAUUCAGUCAUAUUUAUUCACCACCAAGGCUUUUAGUUUCUGCUUUUUGGCGCAAUCCGCUAGGUGACGCUGUUCGGGCCACUAAGGCGGCUUCUAGGCUACCAAGUUGCAGUCAGCAUGACUGCCAGAAGCUUUGUGCAGGAGACGAUCGAGAAGAACCCCGUGGUGAUCUUCUCAAAGUCCUACUGUCCGUAUUGCAGGAUGGCCAAAGAGGUGUUCAACAACGUCAAGGCUCCCUUCCUUACGGUUGAACUGGAUGAUCGGCCGGAUGCCGACGAAAUCCAAGAGGUGCUGAGGGAAAUGACGGGAGCAGCGACGGUCCCAAGGGUGUUUGUCGGCAAGCAGUGCAUUGGAGGCGGUACCGACGUCAAGAAGAUGCACCAAGACGAGGCUCUAGAACCUCUUUUGAAGAAGGCUGGUGUCCUGAAAUGAUUAUAUGUCUGCCACCUAUCUCCAUGUCUAUAUGGAACAGAUCUGCAGUGCCAAAAUAAACACUUGCACACGCUGU